GGUAAGUGUAUGUAGAUGGUUGUGUAUGUGAGCCAGUCUGUAUAUAAAAGCUUGCAGUGCAUGCUAUAGUAUCAGUAUUAGCAGAAGAAACAUAACAUGAGAACUGAGGUUCUGUGGGGUGUAUUGGCCCUGCUGUGUCAGCAAACACUGGUUAGCAGCCACAUACUGGGGAGGCCCUCAUCUGCUAAUGACCUGGCUCAGCUCAAGUCUUUGCUGGAACGCUUUGAGGAGACAUUGGAUGAAGUGGUCCAGAAAGAAGACUUGGAAGCUUAUUAUGAAGACAUGAACCAAGAGCCCAAAACCAGCCAGGCCAGCCAAGGAUGGGACCAAGAGGGGAACCAAGAACCUCUGAUAUCUGAAAAAGCCCAACCACUAACUGAGGGCAAGACUGUGAAUCAGAGGAGCCGCCUCCAGGACCUGCUGAUGGCCACCAGGAAACGCACCUCUGGCUGUUUUGGAGCCAGGAUCGAUCGAAUAGGAAAUGCCAGUGGCUUGGGAUGCAAUAGUGGAAGAGGAUAGUCCAGCCUUUUCCCGGGGCGCAUGAUGGAUUCUGCUGUUGGAACUGAAAUUAUAUCAGAGAAAUAUAGAGUUUGGAAAAGUAUGGUUUUGUAUUAGUUGCAUUUCAACUUUGUGUAUCUAUUUUGCAUGUUUCUGUGUCAGACAUGAGAAACUGGCUGUUUUUCAAGUAGGUAAUUAAUUCUAUAAGUCCAUUGUAGAUGAGCAACAUAAACACUUUAAUGGAAAAGUGUUAAACAACUACUGUAAGUGCAUGUGGGGGUCUAACAAAAAUAAACAUAUUUUUUACUUACA